ACAUAUUCAUCAAGAAAGAGAACUCUCUUUCUAAUGGAUUCUCCUGAUUAAAUCCUCUUUUGGUUGAGAAAUAAAUUUCUCGACUUCAUUACUCGCAAUGUCGAGCGGGAGGCUUUGCGGCUUCAAGCCAAUAACGUUCUGUCGCAAGCUCACAAGAUUGCAGGUUGCAAGAGGGCUUGCUCUAAAGAAACUUAUCAAGGGCAAACACGAUUUUAGACGUGCAUCAACAUCAAAGAACAAUGUCGAAAAAAAGAAGAGUAAAAAGAUCAAAAGCACAGCUUCACAGACACCUUCCGUUGCAGAAGCUUCUCCAAAGAGCUUCAAAUCUCCAAAACAAGCUACUGCUUCAGGCAGCGCGGUGUCUCCUUUGUCGGUACAGAAGAAACCAAACACACCGAGACACAACGAUUUCGAAGGUUCUUCACCAAAAUGUACAGCAAAUUUCAUAUUAAUGGUGGAACUGAGAAAGAACAUCUUCUCUUUCAGAGAUAUGAUUGACUUGCCUUCUCUUGAUGGUUCUCUAUCUGUCACCGAGAUCAUAACACAUACAAUGAAGGAUCUACAAAAGCUUUCUCCAGAGAUUGUAACCAUUAACCAAUCUUUUGACAUGGAAGGAGCUGAGAUGGAUAAGAUGUUGAUUUUCUUCUACGAGGAUCUCAGAGCCAUUGGUGAUUCUUGGAUUAUGGAUAGUGACUGGAUUUAUCGGUCCAAGUACAGGAACAGUGGAGUUGGCAAGAACAAGUCAGAUCGUCUUGUGGAACAUGUUUUAGCAGCUCUUGAUGGACUCAUCAAGAUGACAAAAGAAAGAUUUGGUAUGAUGGAUCUUGACUCUGAUGGAAGAAAGAGUUUUAAAGGUGUUCCAUCAGAAGCAAGAAGAAGCUUUAGAAGAUCUGUGUCCUAUUCAGAAAGCAACAACUCUUUUUUCCCUUCUCCACUAACACCGAGAUCGGUUAUUCCCGGGACAAUGAUGUCUAGUAGUAGCUCAACAUCUCCGAGUCUUUGGAACUUAAGAGCUCAAGCUUUGGAUAAGUUAAGCCCUGUUGAUUUGAAGCAGCUCGCGAUGCGGAUACUGUCGCGUAGAGACUCAGACAGCCUUCAAGAUCUUGAUCUCAAGAAUAUUAUAGAAGAAGAACAAGAAGAGAGUGAGAAAUUAGGAGAGGACGAUGAAGAUAACGACUCCUCUGUUUCAGAAACAGAGGAUCAUAGCAAAAGUUCUGAAACAGAGCAUGAGACUGAAGGAGAGCAUCAUAUUGAAAGUUCUGGAACAGAGCAUGUGGUGACUGAUGGAGAGCAUCAUAAGGAAGGUUCUGAAACAGAGCAUGAGGAUCAUAGUGAACCCACAACUUCAGAGACAGACUCCACAGAAUCUUUUCAAGAAGCAAUCUCAGUAACUAAACUGGCACCACCUUCUCCACCACCGCCACCACCGUCUCCCUCACCAUCAUUUCUCAAUAAGAAAGCUACUCCUCUCUCACAGCCACCUCCAUCGUCACCACAGCCAGGAAGAAAAACUCUUUCUCCUCCACCACCGCCACCACCUUCAAGAAGACAUGACUCUGGAGGUAAUAGUCCGACCACGCCGGCACCUCCAGCACCACCGGGCAGCGGAAGAACCUUGCGUCUCAAACGUACUUCAUUCCUAGCUACUGUUAAAUUCGUUAUGACACUCAUAAAAUAA